AUGUCUUCACAAUUCGUCAGAAAUUUGUCGAGUUUAGUAAAGAGGAAAAGAAUAUCCAUCGUAGGAGCUGGACCUUCGGGAUUUUAUGUUGCACAUCAUCUAUUUAAGAAAUCACAUAUACCCUUGCAUAUUACAGUAUGGGAUAAGUUACCUAGCCCGUUUGGGUUAAGUAGGUAUGGAGUAGCACCAGAUCAUCCUGAAGUCAAAAAUUGUGAAGAAACAUUUACACAAACAGCUGAUAAAUAUUUCAUAGCAACCCCAGAUAGUAAUCACAAGUUUGAAUUUAUUGGAGGAGUAUCAAUUGGAUCAGAUAUUAGUUUAAAGACUAUACUUGAAAACCAAGAUGCAGUUGUAUUAAGUUAUGGAUGUUCAGGUGAUAGAAAAUUGAAUAUCCCUGGUGAAUCCACUGUUAAGGGUGUAUUUAGCAGUAGACAGUUUAUUAAUUGGUACAAUGGUCAUCCAGGAGGUGAUAAAAGUGAAGAAUUAACUAAAUAUAACUGGGCCAAUGUUUCUAAUGUUGGUAUUAUUGGUAACGGUAAUGUUGCAUUGGAUAUUGCACGUUUAUUAUUAAGUAAUAAGGUUAAAGAAAUAUGGGAGAGCACAGAUAUAUCUCCAAUUGCUUUAUCAUGUUUGAGGAGGGCACCAAUUAAAAAUGUUAAGAUCAUUGCUAGAAGAGAUUUCUAUAAUUCUAAAUUUACCAACAAAGAGUUAAGAGAAUUAUUUGAACUUGAGAAGUAUGGCAUACAUGGAAAGAUUUCUGAUAAAUAUUUUAAAUCUGAAGAACUAGAAAAACUUUCUUCUGAUAGGGCCUUUAAGAGAAGAAUUGAAAUAUGUUCAGAAUACUUAAAAUCGUUUGACGAAAGGACAAAAAAGAACUAUAAAAAGGCUGAGCCUGUAGAAUUAGCGAAUGACAAUAUACGUAAAGAAUGGGAAUUAGACUAUCUAAAAUCUCCAGUAAAAAUAGAAGCCAAUGCCAGUGGGGUAAUAAAAAGUCUAGAAUUAGAUCAGAAUAAAUUCACUGAGGAUAACAAAUUGAUUAAAGAUGUUGAUCAACCCCAGAUUAAAUACGACAUAGAUUUGUUGAUAACCUCAUUAGGAUAUAUGGGCAGGCCCCUCAAAGACUUUGAUGAUUUAAAUAUUAAAUUUAGUAGAGAUCAUUUAGCUACAGAAAAUGGCAGAGCAAUUAAUUCCAAAACUAAUGAGAUAUAUCCUAAGUUGUAUGGUUCUGGGUGGAUACAGACUGGUAGUCAGGGAGUUAUAAUGUCUACCAUGAUGAAUGCAUUUAACGUUGCAGAUGAAGUUUUAAUUGAUUUAGAAAAAGAUACUAGCUUUAAGGGUAAGGAUAUUAACCUCGAUAAUAUUAAGCACACAACAUGGAGUGAUUGGAAAUAUCUAGACAAAUCAGAAAUUGAACUUGGCCAAUUACAAAAUAAGAAGAGAGUAAAAUAUUCAACUUUAGAGGAAGCAUAUUCUCUCUUAUCUAAAAAGUAG